UCAAGCAGCAGACUUGCAGAGGCUCCCUCCUCCCUCAUUCACGCCUCGAGCAACCUCAAUCGCACCUUCCACCCUCGCGAUUGCAGUACACAGUCCUGCCCGGACGCGUCUUCCCCGCCAUGCAGCAAUCACGGACCCGCGCCAUCGCGGCCAUCAAGGGCACACGCACUUUUUCCACUUCGGCUGUGCGAGCACAGUCAUCGCCAUUGACCCGACCAGCCCAAGCAGCCGCCACAAAAGUCGUCAAGGAGGAUGUCAGAACACAGAGCACUGCCGCCGCCGCCGCCGCCGCCGCCUCGCAGACACAGUCGCGCGCCCGCCCAGCGCCGGCCUUCAACCGCGAGGACUAUGGCAGCGUGCAGCCUCUGAAGCCCUACCGUGCGCCUGAGAUGGACCACUCGUUCGUCGGCAUGACUGGUGGCCAGAUCUUCCACGAGAUGAUGCUGCGCCAGGGCGUCAAGCACAUCUUUGGUUACCCUGGAGGCGCCAUUCUCCCCGUCUUCGAUGCCAUCUACCAGUCCCCUCACUUCGACUUCAUCCUCCCACGGCACGAGCAGGGCGCUGGCCACAUGGCCGAGGGUUACGCCCGCGCCAGCGGCAAGCCUGGCGUCGUGCUUGUUACCUCGGGCCCCGGUGCCACCAACGUCGUCACUCCCAUGCAGGACGCCCUCAUGGACGGAACACCCAUGGUCGUUUUCUCCGGACAGGUCGUCACCAACAUGAUCGGAUCCGAUGCUUUCCAGGAGGCCGACACCGUCGGCAUCACACGAGCAUGCACAAAGUGGAACGUCAUGGUCAAGAACAUCGCCGAGCUGCCCAAGAGGAUCAACGAGGCUUUCGAAAUCGCUACCAGCGGUCGUCCUGGACCCGUGCUUGUCGAUCUGCCCAAGGAUGUCACCGGCGGCACCCUCAACCGCCCUAUCCCCAUCUCCAGCACCCUCCCUCCUUCCACCAGCGCCGCGACUCUGGCCGCAAGGGAGGUCUCCAAGAAGCAGCUCGAGGCUUCGAUCAAGAGAGCUGCCGACCUGAUCAACAUCGCCAAGAAGCCUGUCAUCUACGCUGGACAGGGUAUCCUCCAGACACCUAAUGGGCCCGAGCUCCUGAAGGAGCUCGCGGACAAGGCCAACAUCCCCGUUACUACCACCCUCCAAGGCCUCGGUGGCUUCGAUGAGCUCGAUCCCAAGUCUCUGCACAUGCUCGGUAUGCACGGCUCCGCAUACGCCAACAUGGCCAUGCAGGAAGCCGAUUUGAUCCUUGCUCUCGGUGCCCGUUUCGACGACCGUAUCACCGGAGCUGUGGCCAAGUUCGCGCCGGCUGCCAAGGCCGCCGCAGCGGAAGGCCGUGGUGGCAUCGUCCACUUCGAGAUCAUGCCCAAGAAUAUCAACAAGGUCAUCCAGGCCACCGAAGCUGUUGCGGGCGACGUUGGUGCCAGUCUGACCCAGAUGCUGCCCCUCGUCAACAUCGUCAAGGACAGGCCGGAGUGGUUUGCUCAGAUCGCCGACUGGAAGAAGCGCUUCCCCUGGGCCUAUGAGAAGGAGGGCGAGAACGGCUUGAUCAAGCCCCAGACCGUCAUCGAGACACUCUCCAACUUGACUGCACACAUGAAGGACAAGACCAUCAUCACAACCGGUGUUGGACAGCAUCAAAUGUGGGCUGCACAGCACUUCAGGUGGACACACCCGCGCACCAUGAUCACAUCCGGAGGUCUUGGUACCAUGGGCUACGGUCUGCCCGCGGCUAUUGGUGCCAAGGUUGCCCGACCAGACUGCCUGGUCAUCGACAUUGACGGUGACUCGUCUUUCAGCAUGACCCUGACUGAGCUGUCGACUGCUGCUGAGUUCAACAUUGGCUGCAAGGUCAUCGUCCUGAACAACGAGGAGCAGGGCAUGGUCACACAAUGGCAGACCCUCUUCUUCGAGGACCGCUUCUCGCACACACAUCAGAAGAACGCCGACUUCGUCAAGCUCGGUGACGCUAUGGGCGUCCAGGCCAAGCGCGUCAUCAAGCCUGACGAGCUCGAGGGAGCUUUGAAGUGGCUGAUCGAGUCCGACGGCCCGGCUUUGCUCGAGGUUGUCACCGACCAGAAGGUUCCUGUCCUGCCCAUGGUACCCACAGGAAGUGCUCUGCACGAAUUCCUGGUGUACGACGAAGAGGUACAAAAGAAGCGCAGAGCGCAGACCAAGGAUAGAUCGGGUCGCUAAACCCUUAGCGCCCUUUUCUUUCCUUUACUUGUACAUUGCCUUCUAUGUAAAUUCUUGGGUCAGAGCCGGCGUUUUCUUUCCAUCUUUAUCAUUGGCGGGGCGAUCGUUAGGAAAAAGUCAUGUUCAAUGCAAAAAGUAAGAUAUCAGUCUACGUAUGCGCGGAAUAUGAGGGGGAUUACACAUUACGCGCGAGGUUAUUGGGUGUGAACAGAUUGCAUGAUAGUCGGUUGGUUGGGUUGCAUGAGAGAGAUAGAUAGUCGUGGCUGAGGACAUGGUGAUCCAUGGAUGAAUACAAAGCCGUUCUAAUGGUU